UUUAUCUGUGUGCUGUGCUUCCUCCCAGGAAACACCAGGCCUUUGGAGCAGGGAACUUGGCAGGCUCUCCCCAUGGCAGUCCUGCUCGCCCUCCUGCUUCUGUUCUUCUGUGGGCACCCCCAGGCCAGGGCAGACAGCAUCCAGCCCAUCUAUGUCGCCUCGGGGGACUCGGUGGAGCUGCCCUGUCCUUCACCGCCUGCCCUGCGCGGGGGCCAGCUCCUAACCUGGUUCCGGAGCCCCGCGGCACGCUCCUCCACCAUCUUGGUGGCUCAGGUCCAAGUAGACAGGCCGGCCUCCGACCUCAGGAAACCCGAAAACGAUUCCAGGUUCAAAGUCCUCGGGAACUACUCCUUGUUGCUGGAGGGGUCCCGGGAUGAAGAGGCCGGGCGGUACUGGUGCACAGUGAUGGAUCAGAGCCACAAGUACCAGAACUGGAGGGUGUACGACGUCUCGGUGCUCAAAGGAGCCCAGUUCUCUGUGACGUCUCCAGACGGCCCCUCCUGCUCUGCCCUCAUGUGCUCCGUGGUCCCCGCCAGGCGCCUGGACUCCGUGACCUGGCUAGAGGGGAGGAAUCCCGUGAGAGGGCACGCUCAGUACUUUUGGGGCGAUGGGGCUGCCCUGCUCCUGGUGUGUCCCGCAGAGGGCGUUCCUGAAACCAGGGCCCGGAGGCUGAGAAGCAUCCGCUGCCUUCUGCCUCAGAACAAGAGACUGAGCUUUAGCCUGGCAGCUUCCACAGAACCUCCUCCCGCUGCCUGUGCCUCUCUCCCGAGCUGGGAUGUGUCCUGGAUCCUGGUGCUGUUGUUCACAGGAGGCCAAGGCGUCGCCAUCAUAGCCCUCAGCGCUGUGCUCUGGAGGCGGAGGGCCCGGGGGUCUCAGGACAGAGGACACCGGACGCGGUGCCAUGACCUCGGUGGAGGCCCCAGCAGCUCCUGCCAGCAGACGGUGAUCACCUGCCCCGAGGGCGAGCGCUGCAAACCUCAACCCAGCCCGGGACAAGCCAAGCAACCCCUGAGCCAGCAGCGCCCGGCCUGUGUGGCCACCCAUCAAGUGGGCGUGGAGCCGGUGGGAGAUGUCACCGUCACCACGCACACAAAGUGCUGCUUCGGAGACGUGUGCAGCAGCAGCGCCGUGGCCAGCCCUGCGACCCCUUUCUGCAUCGUGGCGGCAGCUGUCACCACCCUGGCCUGGCUCUUGCUGGGGCUGUAGAGCGGACAGUGGGGCUGACGGAAGGGAAGGCACUGAGGCUUCGCAGGAGUGAGCGACUGAACAACCCAGAGAAGACAGGCCCUCCACCGUGUGCCAUUAAAACUUACGGACUAUUCUAGAGCUGACUGUAAAAGUCCAUGUUUAGUUAGUUGUUUGUUUUUGUUUUUUGAGACAGGGCGAUGAGAUUAAAGGCA